AUGUCUCAGCGAAAAAUCGUCGUGUUCAACGCGGACGAUGAGACGAUGAUGGGUGAUGUCAUUUCAGCAACCAAAACGGUAUUCGCAAACAGCCGCAAGAGGCAAACGCGCAAAGUGAUGGACUUUCCCGACGAUUUGGCUGACUCGGAUGCUGACGAGGGACCGGCAACGAAUGAAAUUGAUCAGGAUGAAAGCUUGACUGUAGAGGAAAUGAGCCACUUGAAGAAAGGCAACCGAACGUUGGAUUCAAUUUUUAAGCGUCUCAGCGGAAGCAAUAAGAAGAAAGUUCCUGUGCGUGUCCAGCGUGCCUCCAUUGUCCCCAGAAUCACUCAUCAUCGGCGAGCAACCAUAACAAAAUCCACUCCGAAGCACGAUGAUGGUUCGAUGACGUGGGAUGAAGAUGAGACCGAGAAUUAUGAUCCCGAUGUGGACGGUGCAAUCGACGACCAGGAAUUUGAAGCCGAAGAAUAUGAAGAUCUUGAUCGACCACGAGUGCAAGAAACUUUUGAAGAGAAAGGACCCAUCGACAAGCAUGGACUUCGCUUGGUUUAUGUUGAUGGCAAGACGGCAAAUCGUCCAAAACUCACUCGUUCUACUGCCAAUUAUACUGUUCCAACUCGUUUCAAGGCUCCACGAGCACGAAUACUGGGAGCUCAACCCUUUGCUGGAAACAAGCGUCGGGUACAUGUUCCGAUUGCUAAUCGCAUUUCGUUUGCAAAUGGACGACAGCGAUUUACUUUGAGCGAUUACGAGUACAGCUUCGAUGAUAAUGACAAACAAGGGUUUCGAAGAGGUUUUUCACGAAAAUCAAAUAGAACAAUUGGUGGACGUAUCAGAAGACGUGAAUGGCCAACACCAAAAAGCAAAUGGGAUGAAGCACCAAUCAAAGCCUGGGCUCGCGACAAACUUCAAGAUCGAUCUGAUGAGGGUGAACGUUUCAAGCCGUGGUUGAAAUGCGCCUGCAACACUGAUGACACGCACACGCACAAGGGACGCGGUUUUACGAUGUCCGGACGCCUACACGCAUUCGAC